AUAGUGGUGUUGCUGCAUGGUGAGAGAUUUUGGGUUUGGGUUGUGUGUGGUCUGCUCUGAGCUGUGAAGGUGUUUCUGUCUUUCCAGUUGCUUUUCUUGUUUUCUGGGUUUUCAGUGACUCUAUUCCCCUGCCAUGGCCUCCAAGGACAGUGACCCCCAGGCUGCCAUCUCUGAGCCCCAGGGGCAGGAGCAGCAGGUGCCUGCAGAGGCCAAGGACCUGCACACCGCUCCAGUGGCAGUGGCCAAGGAUGCUGUCUGCAGCACAGCUGCUGGGUCCAAGGCUGCAGUGUCCAGCAUGGUGGAUGUAGCCGAAGCGGCUGUCCAGGAGGGUGUGGAGAAGACCAGAUUGGCAGUGACCAGCAGCAUGGAUGCUGCAGCGGGCACGUCUGUUGGCCAGAAAGUUACAAGUGACCUGGACAUGGUGCUGGGGAAGACAGGGCAGUGGGUGGACCACUACCUCCCCAUGACGGCUGAGGAGCUGGCUGCACUUGCUGCCUCUCUGCAAGGGGCAGAGCUGGCUCCACUGGAGCAGCAGAAGCAGCAGCAGAGCUACUAUGUGCGCCUGGGCUCCCUCUCUACUAGCCUGCAGCAGCGAGCCUACCAGCACUCCCUGGGCAAGAUGAGGAGUGCCAGGCAGAGUGCCCUGGAGGCCUUGGCCCAGCUGCAGCAAGCUGUGGACCUGAUUGGCUCAGCCAAGCAGACUGGGGAUCAGAUGGUGCAUGACAGCCAGGAGAAGCUGCAGCAGCUGUGGCUGGGGGGGGGCCCGGGGCAGCCCGAGAUGGGAUCCCAGGCUCUGGCCACUGCCCAGACCCUCCUCCAGCAAGAGCAGGAUGCCUGGCAGAGCCUGAUAGCCAGUAUCCAGGGGCUGCCAACCAGCAUGCAGGAGCAGGUCCAGCAGGGCUGCCAGCACCUGGGGGAGCUCCAGGCUGCCUUCUCCAGUGCCCCGUCCUUCCAGGAGCUGCCUGAGGGGCUGCUGAGCCAGAGCAGGGAGAAGCUGGCCAAGGCCCAGGAGUGCCUGGAUGAUUUGCUGGAGUAUGUGAUUAAGAACAUGCCCCUGACCUGGGUUGUGGGGCCACUUUCUCCUGCUGGAGGCUCUGCAGAGCAGGUGGAGGAGCCUGCAGGGGAAGGGAAGGUGGAGCCCUGA